AAGAAGCGGCGGCGGCGGCGGUGGUAGUGGUGGUGGUCAUGGCGGAGUACAGUCAUGCGGGCCUGUUAGCGGCUUUGGUUUUGUUCUCUGCGAUCACUUUUCGUGAUAUUUAUGUUGGCAAGUCCAGUCUACAGCAGUCCAAACGGCCUGACGUAUCUUCGAACUCACGGUCUGAGCCCGGCAGGCUGCUUAAACCGUCUCUGUACACCGGUCCUGUGCUCCGGUUCCAGUACUGUAUUUCCUGAGGCUACAGCAGAGUGUUCGAGAAGUACUCGCAGGCCAUCAGCCAACUGUACCCCGACAUCCGCGUGGAGGGACACAACUACCCUCCUACCCCCUUCAACAGGUACAUGGGGAAUUUCUUUUCAUACUUAAAGCUGCUCGCUGUUAUGCUGAUCAUCACUGGACAGAACCCUUUUCCUCUCCUGGGCCUGGCUACACCGCACGCCUGGACCUGGACUCAGGACAACAAGGUUUUUUCAUGUCUGAUGGCGUUUUUCCUGAGUAACAUGCUGGAGAUGCACUUCCUGUCUACUGGAGCCUUUGAGAUCAGUCUAAAUGAUGUUCCAAUUUGGUCAAAGCUGCAGUUGGGUUAUGUUCCCAACAUCCAGGAGCUCUUCCAGAUUCUCGAUAACCACCUGAAGAUGAACCAGGUCCAUCAGAUGAGCAUGACCUCCACUUAGUGCUUCAGCUGGUGUGCUGCCUUCAGGUGUCCUGUCCAUGUAAGGCUGUUGCACGUUGGCAUCCAUGAAGGCCUGGUCCUAAAGCAGUGCCUCUGUGGGGCCUGGCUGGAUGUUUCCGCCACGAAACGCCUGCAGCUGAACUCCACCUGCAGUGUACCUGUCAGAAGGGCUGAUGUUUCAACCAGAUUCAGUUUUUGUUGGCUUGUUUAUUUGUGUGCAGAAGAAAGUGUGAACCAUAGAGAUGUAUACGAGUACUCGAGAGCAC